AUGCCCAAGCACCUUCAAAAAUCUCUCAAAAAAUGCCUCUCCAAUUUAAAAAAAUGCCCAUCAAAUAUUCAAUUACAAUACUCUAGUUCAUUCUCAACUUCGAAAAAUUGGGUCCUUUCAAGCUGCAAACACCCCAAAACCUUAUCAUUUGCCGUUUAUUGUGACCAAAAUGAUAAUAGCAGCAGCAACAACAACAACAAUAAUAAUGAUGGCGCUGCAACGCUCUCCGACAUCGAUCGUUUUCUAUUCGAGAAUUUUAAGUCUCUUUAUCUUAACGACGAGGAUGAUAAUAAAAAGAAAGAAGAAUGUGAUGGAGAUAAAAUUCCAAAUGGGGCAUUGUUUGAUUCACCUCGGUUCAUUGAACCGCCAAGGAUUCGUCAGGGGUCUCACCGGUUUUUCGUGGCGCCAGGAUUUUCAGGCUCGCUCAUCGAAGAAGCUCGGAAUAGUUUCACCAACUAUGAUGAGGACAUGGGUGGCUCAACCUCAACCUCAACCUCAACUUCAACCACUGCCCUAAAUGAUCACUCCUCUACUGUUUCUACUGAUUCCAAGUAUGUGAAGCUUCCUGGUGACUCCAUUACAAUCUUGAGAUACUCUCCAAGUCCAUACGGUGAUUUUCAACGCUCCAUGCAAGAAAUGGUGGAGGCAAGACUGCAACAUCAAGCGACGGUUGAUUGGGAUUUCUUAGAAGAGCUUUUGUUUUUUUACGUGAGGCUUAAUGAGAAAAAAUCAUACAAAUUCAUAUUAAGGGCAUUCGUGGAUUUGGUCGUCGGUCUUCGUCAGAAUUCGAAUAAGAUUCCGGCGAGAUCACGGCAUGAUUUUUGA